AUGGACCACGGUGACCGAGAGGCAUCCUCAGCUGCCGUGGACGAGAUUCACGGGGGAACCAGCGAUAGCGAGACGCGGGACCAGCUGGAGGUCGUCUUCUAUCCCGAUUCGAACCACCGCCGCAAGUCCUCGCUUGUUACAAUGGAGAAACCGCGAGUCGGCUCUCAUAUUGAGGCGUUUGACAAGAGUACAGCCUGCUAUGUCCAUUCUUUGAUAGCUGGCGAAUGGAAGACACCUUUGAGCAAGUCCAACGAGGCGGAAGACGUGGUUCGUACCCUCAGCGAAGAAGACGAGCCUACCGUUGAUACGAAAGGCCUCGGCGAGGACCAAGUAGUGUCGGUGGUCGACAGCGAUAACAAGAUCUUGAAGCCGGUUCCGGCUGUCAUUCAAUCGCGACACUUGACGAAGCGACAGCUGUCAGACAUGGCUUGGAACGUGCGCAAAUUGUCUAAAAAACUGGGCAGCAUCAAGCUCAAGCUCACCGUCAAGAACGUGUUUGUCGUGAGCAAGGCAUAUGAUGAAUCUCUCGUCAGCUUGACCAGGAAGGUCACAAGAUGGUUGCUUUCCAAGGAUCGCGACACGCCGUACACCGUCUACGUGGAGCGACGUUUGGAGACACAUCCGGACUUUGGAACAUUGCAGCUGCUGCAAGAGGAGCCGAGUGCCCAGAGCCGGCUCAAAUUUUGGGAUCCUAAGCUUGUCCAGGAGCAGCCACACCUUUUUGAUUUUGUAAUCACUCUCGGCGGCGACGGAACCGUUCUCUAUACUAGCUGGCUGUUCCAGCGCAUCGUGCCACCCGUUUUAUCCUUCUCACUGGGCUCAUUAGGCUUCCUGACCCAUUUCGACUUCUCAGAUUACCAGAACAUUCUUGAAAAUGCAUUCAGAGACGGAGUCACCGUCAGUCUGCGGCUACGAUUCGAAUGCACCAUAAUGAGAAGCAAAGCGCGAUUGAAAGAUCCGCAUGCACGAGGCCUCUCCAGCCGAGACCUGGUAGAGGAACUCAUCGGAGAAGAAGGCGAGGACACAUUAACUCACACCCCGGAUCGAGUCUACGAGAUCCUGAACGAUGUGGUUCUGGACCGCGGGCCAAACCCAACUAUGUCUCAAAUCGAGCUGUUUGGCGACGAUGAGCAUUUCACUACCCUACUUGCAGACGGAAUCUGCAUUGCGACCCCGACCGGUUCGACGGCGUACAACCUUGCAGCUGGCGGAUCCUUGUCGCACCCUGAGAACCCUGUUAUUCUUGUAACCGCUAUUUGCGCGCACACCCUUUCCUUCCGCCCGAUUAUUCUCCCAGACACCAUUGUGUUACGCAUGGGAGUACCCUACGAUGCCCGUACAAGCUCAUGGGCCAGUUUUGAUGGUCGCGAGAGAGUUGAAUUGCUUCCCGGUGACUACGUGACCGUGUCGGCGUCGCGGUAUCCCUUUGCCAAUGUGCUGCCUGAAGGACAGCGCAGCGAGGACUGGGUGCAUAGUAUCUCGAAGACCUUGAACUGGAACUCGCGUACGAAACAGAAGGCGUUCAUCAAAUAA